CAAAUGCCAUGGCAAUAGCACAGGCAUAGCAAUAUUGCACCGCAGGAUGGAGGUUGACGAAGCAGCUUGCAUCUUUGCUUCUUUGCUACUGAACUCGGUCUUCAAGUUUAUAACACUGUACUGGAUCAAUAAGAAGAGGCGAUCAGAACCAGUAUGUGUUGGAGAGAUAUCCUCAUUGUAUGUCUACCCCGUUAAAUCUUGUGCAGGGAUCAAAGUGGAAGAGAUGGACUGCACGAGACACGGCUCGAGGACCGGGGCCGUCACAGAUAGGCAUUGGAUGAUCGUUGAUAAGAACGGAAAAUUUCUCAGUCAGCGUAAACUGCCACGCCUGGCUCUGGUUCAGCCAAGUAUCACUGGCAACAAACUGAGUCUGGAUGCCCCAGGAAUGAAUACUCUGAAGCUGGACAUUCUUCAACCUGUGAAUAGAGAUAAGAUCGUCAAGUGCAGCAUUUGGGAUGUUGAGGUGUCUGCCAUGUCAUGUGGUGCUGAGGCAGAUAAGUGGUUCAGUGCCUUCCUCCAGAGACCAGACACAAGGUUGGUAUGUGCCCACCCUGACAUCACAGACUGUAUGAGACAGCUCAACAAGAAUCUGGGCACAGAUCCAGUGUUAUCCUAUCCUAAAGACCAAGACGUGGUAGCUUUUGCUGACUGGGCACCAUUCAUGCUGCUGUCUGAAAAUUCCAUUGCUGAUGUCAAUACCAGAUUGAGUAAGAAGGUAGAAGUUAGGAACUUUAGACCAAAUUUCUUGGUGAAAGAUUGUGGGGCCUAUGCAGAGGACUCAUGGCAUGAAUUGUACAUUGGCAAGGAGACCAAGUUCAGAAAUGUCAGGUUGGGGACAAGGUGUACAUUGACUACAGUAGACCCUGACAAAGGAGAGAAAGAUAAAGACAUGGAGCCUUUAAAAACUCUGAGAAAUUACCGUCUUCACCCUGGCUGUGGCGAUGCUCCUGUCUUUGCUAUCAACCUUGUUGUAGAUAAUGUGGGAAAAGUCUGUGUUGGAGACAAAGUCUUUGCAACAAUGUUCUGACAGUCAUUUUAUAAUAUAUGCAAAGAUUUUAACGUGAAAAUAUUUUGCCUGCUGCACUUCCAUUCUUUCUUUACAUGUAGAAUGAAUAGGCUUUUGCUCAUGGAGAUAACAACUUAUACAUGUAUGUUAAGUAGAUAGGGGAAUAUUUGUAAGAAUUAUUAUGGUAGGUUUUUGCCCCCCCCCCCCCCAAAAAAAAAAAAAAAAAAAAAAGAGAAAGAAAGAAAGAAGUGCACGAAAUUAAUUGAAGAAAAUUUGGAGGUUUUUAUAAAGGGCAUGCAAAUGUCACACAAUUAAACCUCGUUGUUGGAGUGAACCAGUAGGACGAGGGUUCAACCCUGUCCACGGACACACCAUUCCUUCAUGGUGCAUCUUCUCUAGGCACUGUGCGCUAAGGGUUGAAAUAUGUAAUGGAUAUAGUACUUCUGGCAAUGAAAUAUAUUCUUUGCUAGCUUUCAGCGCCUAAUGCGUCAGCUGGGCUUCAUCUUCCCGAGGGAGGAGAGAUAGUUUACGGCCAGUUUUUAUGAGGGCUCAGUCUUUUGUAAACCGCAAUGAAACAUAGUAGAGUGCGAUAUGAAAGGACCAAACUUUACUUUUUUGUAUAUUUGUUUUAUUAAAAAUAAAAUAUGAAGCACCUAGAUC